UGAACAAACGGGGAGAGAGAGAGGAGAGCGCUGGGAGUGAGAGGGUGCAGAGCCACGAGAGAGAGAGAGCGGAGAGUGGCGCAGAUGGGGGCGAGAUCAACGCUCGGCGCUUGGACCUAGGAGGGGAAGGAGACGGAAGAACGCACGGGGAGAGGAUAGGGAGGAACAGAACGCGAGAGGGCACGAGGUCGAGGUGGCGGCGAGAGAAGACGACAGGGACCAGUAGAUAGGGAGACGAGGAGGAGGAGGAGGCGUGCGGGAGGGAGGUAGGACGCGUGACGGGAGAGGAGGAGAGGAGGCGACCCGAGACCACAGGAUUAAGGACGCCCGCGCGCGCGCGCGAAGGGAGACAAAGGCGUGAAGACACCGGGCGUGCGAGAGGCGUUCACGGGAAGAGCGACAGGACCGACAGAGAGGAGGUGGGGGCUGUGCCCCCCCCCGCCCCCCUACGGGACGACGAGCUGGGGGUGGUGGUGGGCACGCGGCGCGAUGGAGACGGUGGUGGUGAUCGCCAUCAGCGUGCUGGCACUCGUGUUUCUCUCGUCGCUCGGGGCCCUUGUGCUGCUCUGCCGCCACCGCUACUGCCGCGCCGACCACAUCCUCACGGAGCGCGAUUCCCGGCCGACCCUUGACCUGAUCGACGCCAUGGAGACGCAGAGCAACCCCUCCGAGCUGGAGCUGGAGGGCGUCGUCAUCACCAACCCCAACAUCGAGUCCUUCCUGGAGGACGUGGCUUGGAUCGAGGACGCCUCGGGACUGAUUCCACACUGCAUCGAGAUCCUGAAGACGUGCCACACGCUGACGGAGAAGCUUGUCGCCAUGACGAUGGGCUCGGGGCUGAAGGUGAAAUCGUCCAAGAGCCUCAGUGACAUCAUCACCGUGGCGAAGCGCAUCGGCCCCCGGGUGGAUGACGCUGUUCGCUGCAUGUACAACCCCAUGGAGCCCAAACUGCUGGAGGCACGGCUGACGGCACUGCUGCUGUCCGUGUCGCACCUGGUGCUGGUGACGCGCAGCGCGUGUCUGCUGAGCGGCGGAGGCCAAGGCCUCGACUGGGUGGACCGCUCGCUGUCGACGGCGGAGGCGCACAUGGCAGUGCUGCGCGAGGCGGCCGAGGCCUCGGAGAUGGAGCCUUUGGCGGCGCCGCCGGCGUUCGUGCUGGCACCCACACCGGCCUCGCUGGGCGACGUCUGCGCCCACCCCAGCGCGCAGUCGCACCUGUGAGCCGUCGACCCACCGAUCUCGUCUAACCGACCGACUGACGGGAGGGCGGUAGACGGGUGUGCCUGAGAUUGUUGUCAUUGUUAUCAUCAGCAGCAGCAGGAUUGAUAGCAGCAAUAUAGCCCUCAUCAUCAUCUUCAACAGCAGGAGCAGCAGCAUCGGUAUCAUCAUCAGGGACAGAAUCAUUGCUAUCAGCGGUAUUGCAGUAAGCAGCAUCAUUCACAACAUUAGCAGCACAAUACAAUUCUUCUCAGUGUUAUCAUUAUUAUCGUCGUCAAAAUCAGUCAUCAUCGACAUCAACUUUAUCAGCAGCAGUAGUAUCAUCAUCAUCAUCGUCUUCUUCUUCUUUCUCAUCAACAGCAACAGCAGCAGCAUUGUCAUCCGUUCACAGAGAGCCACAAAGCGGCCCUACAUAGUUCUAGUGCCAGACAAUCACUGGGCCCACGCGGGCAGCAGGUGAACGUUGGUGUGGACACACUCGCACCUUUACCAGCGAGACCGGCAAGCGCGGCUCACUCCCGGCAUUCAACUGCUUCCUCCCGCAACUCAAUGCACGGCGACUUUCUCGUUCGUCCACGAUGGACGGUAUCGUUAAAGCUACCAACAACGUCUUGGUCUUUGCCUGAACAGUUAUAUUAAGGCUGUGCUCCUACUGAAACAUUUUACUUUUUUGUUGUCUACAGUUUAAAAUUUCGUGAACUCAUGCUCGGUUCAUGAUACGGGCAAAAGAUGUCGCGAGACUUCAGCAGGCUGGGCCUAUAAGCGGUGGGUGGGACGAACAUCAUCGAGAGGCUUGAAGGUGGCCGCUCGCCAUGGGCGGUGCUAGUGGCCGAGUGGGCGUGGUGAUUGAGAAGUGGGCGGGGCCAGCUCUCACCAUGUGUCCCCCGUUUUGAGUCGCCAACAAAUGUGUUGGAAGCAGGAAAGCACUGAGCCGUGAUCAUUGAAGCCGGUGUAGAAUCGCUUGAAAGCUUGCACAAAAGACGUGCAUAGGACAUUCUCACUCAAGCGCCCUUUCACGGUUUGCAUUUAUUGGAUUCGAACCGGAAGGGGAAAAGCUGCUGUUUUAAGUAUAACUUUAUCUGGCUUAUACCCCCGCAUGGAUGUCAUACUAAGAAUAAGGAUGUUUUAUCUGCGAAACAGCUGUGUGCCGAGGCUUUAUCUCUGUAGUGUACGCGCACGUACUGUGUAAGUGUGUGGUGAUUCAUCGAUGCCUACUUACGACGUGAGCAUCGAAUGAUGCGUGGCGAAGAAAAACGCAUGCUUUUAGACACAUUCAAAUCAGACGCCGAUAGCACAUUCACUCUAAGGGAGCAAACACAACUGCACAAAUGGAAAACGUCCAAAAUAGUACAAACGGGGUUUCGACAAAAUGAGAAAAUACAUGGCUGUCCUUCAGAAACUCAGUUAAAUUCCUGAAGAUUCUCCCAGCCUCCGGGGCGAAACAUCGGACAUCGUGCCGACACGACGCGCGGCGUGAAACUUAAAACCCAUGGGGAGAGCCGUGCUGCACAACCAAGAAAACCCGACAUCGGCAGGGGAUGAAAAAUAUACGUAUUGUUGAAUCGUAUCGCGGGCCGUGAAAUCGCGACGGCUCCACGCAAUCAUCCCCCGCCCCCUUUGUGUUGCGUAAAGUGACGUGUGCUGAGCAGGUGACAUCGGCCAACGAUUAUUGGCUCGGGUGAUGUGGGCUGCCUGGGGGAAUGCAUGAGCGCCCCAAGGCGUUUAUCUGCUUUUUUUUUACAAUAUAACAAAAACGUGCUCUGGCGAGAGGAAUCGUAAAAGCGUUAACCAUUAACCUGUGGCCGCGUCUGAACGAGAGGACAUGGCGACAAGGUUUACAGACACCGGCGGUUAGGUGCAGCUCAGGCUGGCGAGAGGGCCUUUCACUCCUCUUAUCAAUUAAGCCACUGGGACGCCUGUGACAACUCGGCUCAUAUUGGGUCUCCGCCUACUUCGAUGAGUAGAUUGGGCACAGUCGCAUGUUCAUCCAGAGAGCGUAGAGCUAGAUGAAAGCUUGGCAAAAGUUGGGGGUGGCUGCAUGUACGUUGAACUUCUUUCGCAAGGUACGUAGCCAACCGUGCUAAUCGAAGGUGUGGGGGAAGGACAACAAACUAAACGCAAUAAGCAGUUCGAAAGAUCCAUACUCUUUGGUUUUGUCGGUAAAGUCACGUAGGUAAAAAAUAAUCACGACGUUUCGGAAGCAACACAAGCAACCGUCAUCAGGUGUUGACUGCUCCAGUGGGUAAGUUCUAAAGAUAUUAGUUUUCAAGAAAGAUUUAAAAGGGCUUCCUAAUAUCGGAAGGAAGAGGGUUCCAGAUGGCCGCAGAAGCGCAUCUGAAAGCACGCGACUCAGUGACCGUCUUUGUUCGAUGGCCAGCCAGAAGCGGCUGUGAGCAUGACCGGAGUUCGCGUGAUGGUUUCGGCUGGGUGUCUCAGGGGUCAGAGCACUGAGCCGGUACCAGUGUGUUCGCAAAUCUUGCUCUGUUGCCCCCACAGUCUAGAACUCCCCCUACAAUCCGUGCUCUCGACUCCCUGCUUCUUUUCAAGUCCAGACUCAAUCACUUUUUUUCCCGCGACCUGUGCCUGGCUGCCUCGUUCCGUCCAUGAAAUAAAUACGCCUGCCGUUUCUGUACAGCAUCUUGAGAUUCUCUUGCAUUGUUAACUUCCCACAAAUUGAACUUCCGGUAGCGAGUGACGCGCUAUGACCCUGGCACUGUCCCGUCAGUUUCUUGCCGACUUCUGGAUUUAAGAAUAUAACGAAUAAUCAACAAUUUUUUUACAGUUCAGCCCUUUCCCACCCGCACUGCCUACAUGAGAUUAAUGUUCAUCGCGUGACAGUCGAACCCUAAUUUUUGUUUUUAUCUGAGCUGGAGUUUUGCCACAAUAAGUGCAGGAUUUGGCGAUAUUCCAGUUUUAUGUGUGUUGGUGCAAUCAUCCAGGAUCUCGAGCAUGCCAGCUUAUUCCUCUACCUUCUCAGCCUCCUAUGUCCUUUUUUUACGUGAGAAGUUAAACACAUCCUCAGAUCCAUCCUGACCCGACCCCUCCUUGGCCACAGCCGUGUUCGGAGGGCGAGGGUUCAAUCCCGACCCUGAUACCUGCUGUAUAUUUUGAGUUUGCGUGUCUCUUUCUCUCUCCGUGAUUUGCGUGCAUUUUUCUCCGUGUCCUCCGGUUUUUCCCUCCACAUUUAGAAACGUGCAUUGGAGUUUUUGACUGCGAUCGAUUCCCACGUGAUAAGCCACUUCGUUGAGCUAUCAUUUGUGAUAGCCAGGUCGUUUCUGAAAAAAGAGCUAUUUAGCUCGGCGGGCCUUAGCUGGUCAGAUAAAUUCCACAACUGGCAGCUGAAGCCUUUCGCGUCGUUGACCUGUGCUGCCCGUGUCAUUCCUCUUUCUUGGGUGGGGUCAGCGCCCGCGCGAGCGUGGGAGGCCACGUGACUCCUGGGUUCACACCCCCCGCCCCCCCCGUGUGCAGCCUGGCACUGUUGACAGUCACCAUCUCAUUCAUCAGGAACUCAAUAACAUCCCUCGGCAUCGCUUGAAGUCAAGCAAGCCCCUUUUGGACCCGUGCGCUUAACCUUCAACAAAGCGAGUUCAACCCCGACGAAGUUUGGCGAGCUGAAUGGAGCUCAAAAGAACUCGCAAAUAAACACCUUGUUAAAGACCCAACACAGCAGAUCGCUGGUGUUUGAACAUCCACGAAGCUCAUGGUCCAUCAUAAACCACACCCGCACAAACCAUGGCAGAUGCGAUUACCAGAUGCAUAAAAACGCUCCAGUCUGUGACUGUGGUCAUCCAGAACAGACCGCACAACGCAUGGCGACGCAAUGCCCCGAUCCGCAAAUACGAAGGGGGACAUCACAGCGAUGAUGCCCUCUGCUACUCCUGACGCGGUUUGUCUUGCUUGACCACGUCAGCGUGAAGGUGGACUUGCUGCUGUGCUUCUACAUCGGCCGUACCCAAGAAGAAGACUGGCGACAGAUGUUUAGUCCGAAACCUCUGUCGACAGAGUGCCUCGUGGUCGGAAUGUUUGACCAGACUUCCAGCACACGUGCUGAUUUUGAAAAAUACGUGUUUAUUUGUCCCAGAUUACAGCCCUCUUGUAAAUUGACUCGUGUGCAGGUGCAAGGUGGAUUAUUACAUCGCUGGACGGUGAGGGAUGACAACGGCUUGGUAGGCCUCUUUCCAACAAUUGAGAGCUCACAGCUGAUGAUAAUGAUGAUUCCGAGUGUGUUGUGAAGACAUUUCCGCAUGCAAUGUGAGCAGAAAGUGAAAAGUACCCAGUGUUAAGAGAAUGUGCUCUGGAAAAGUUGGCAUCACAUAACUACUUGAGGGUCCCUUCAAUUGCCUCAUUCUCAAUCGGCGAUGCAAAUUCUCACAUGCGCUGCUAUAGAAGUGCUUGCAACACGGCAAUCCUCAAGAGCUGCAGACAAGCCAGAUGAAGUGUGAAAAAUGAAAAAUCUACAUUAAAGAAGAUGGCAUUAUCGUUCAGUCUUUGGUGACCACGCUGAGACCAUCAGCAGUGCUGUAGCCCAGGUGUGAACCCUGGGUCUCGGCCUCCUGAGCUCCCCGGUCCACCUUUGCGUGACCUCUGCUUGAAAAGCCAGAGCACACGGUGGCAUUUAAACUGCGGCAACAUGGACAGAUCUGCACCUCCAGGGCUGUAAAUGCCAACUGGACAUCCGUGUAAAAGAGCUUCCCAGCUCAUCGGAUUUCUCCAGGAUGAAAUAAAGAUUCUCAUUCUGGAAAGGGAUUCACGACCCUGGAUCGGGCUAAAUUACGUUCUGUUUCGAGCGCAAGGCAAUGGCCCAGCAAAAGCCACGUUCACUUGGAGUGAAAGUGGCACAUGGCAUGGUGUUGUGUUGGGGGGUGGGGAGUGGUAGUGUAAUGGUGAGGGCGCUGCGCUACAAAUCCAACACCAGUGAUGAAUAUCUAAACCGGUCCUGGGCCUCCCCUAGGUCGACUCAUCAACCAAAAAAAGUACCUGGUGCGGUGCGUAAACAUCACCAUUGGGGAUGCAAAGGGGCGUGGUGCUGGCCAUCCACCCCCUCGUGUGCCGUGCCGGCCUUCAUAGGUGCUCGCUAACAGCACCUGCGCCAACAGUCUGUUCCAGGCUAUAAGGGGGUCUUUGUCUUUGUUGCGGUCACGUGAAAUUCAAGGCAUGACGGGGGGACUGAAGCCUAUGGUCACAAUCGUGCGUUUUGUUGUCUAGAAAUCCCCUCUCGCGUUCGAUUUUGGUCGAAGGGAAUGUGUCCAGCUGCGCGUGUCUUGGGCCCUGUGGACUUGCGCUGGUGGGAAGUAACACAUCCCACAAGGCACAGCUAACUCUGUCCAGCAGCGUUCGUUAUAACGAAGCAGUCAGAAGCUGUUCAGCAUCGACACGAAAGUGAAACAGUGCCAGCCUUGAGUUAGGAUUUGACGCAAAAGUAAAUUGUUUGCUACUUCAGAGAUUUGUUAUUUUAGAAAUGUGUUGGGUAUAAUCUGGACGGACAUAUGUCCAUCGACAAGCGGGCUGAUGUAACCUAAAUAAGCUUAUAUCUAAAUCAACUAUUUGGUGACACUACUGCGUUGGCAGUGGUGCACAAGCACAAUUAACAACAGCAAUGACUCAACACGUUCCUCAAUAAAAAUGUGACUUUAAAAUAAAUGAUAAUAGACGUUUCAGGAAAUGGCCCUUCACAGCAUAUCGGCCAGAGAUGUAGUCACUCUGCCUUUAGCCUCUUGUAUAUUACAUACUUGUUCUCGUUAAGUUUAUGUUAUUGAUGAAUGUUUUUUUUUUUAUAACUUAUAUCAGAUGACCCUAUGUAAUCGGCACGUGACAUUUGUCUACGGACCCAUGUGCCAAAUGUGCACGUGACUUAUUUAAGGCCUUCCAAACUUCUCUGCAUCCGUCUCUGUGUCCUUUUUUGUCCCUGGUAUCAAUGAUGGGCGUUUACGUAGUUCUUUGUCUGGCUGUGUGUCUCACAGUUAAGCAGUCAUGCGUCUCUGUGGCACCAACAGAGUCUCACUCGUGGAGCCAAAGUAGUCUAUCUUCACGAAGUGAAGCUUCAGAUUUGUGGGACAGCCUGGGACGCACGGCCUGCAUGCAUGUUGUAUGUUGAACUUAUUUCGCACCGUACGUAGCCAAACGUGCUAACCGGAGGUGCAGGGUAAGGACAACAAACUAAACACAAAAAUCUGUUUAAAAAAACGAGUUUUCAAUCUAGAUUUAAAAGCGCAUAGCUCCAGUGGCUUCAUAAUAUCGGAGGAGCGUUCCAGACAGAAGCAGAAGCGCGUCUGAAAGAGUGCCAUGCGGUGACCGUCUUUGUUCGAUGGUUAGCCGAAAGCCGCUGUUGCGAGGAUGACCGGAGUUUGCGUGAUGGUUUAUGCUCUUCGACGAGAUCAGCGAGGCAUUGUGGUUCAUUUGUGGCAAGCACUUUGUGUGUAAUGAGUGCGACGACUUUAAGAUGUUUCUUGUUCAUGUUUUUGUUUGUUGCGGUUGCACCCGAUUCAAGAGCCGAAUGGCUCCACAGGGCUACACCUAAUAAAUACAACUGAAAACUGAAACUGAAGUGGCUACAAGAUGAGACCCGCUGCUUCGUUUUCAUCGUUUCAGAAUCAGAAUCAUCAUUUCGACUACAGGAAUCCGAUGAGCUAUGAAGCUCUUUUUCACAGAUGUCAAGGAAGAGUUCACCAGACCGACCCUGCAAACAGACUUCGUGAAGAAGAAAAAAAACACGCUUCAAUGUUUUUCAUUUUAUAUACAGUACUGUAAUUGCUUUUAUAUAAAAAAAAAUACGUAGAUGGUCUAGUUCAGUCGCAGCAAUGUAUAUACACAAUGCAUAAGCAUUUACUUAAAUAUAUUUGUUGUUGUUCAGCACAUGACCCCCGCAGCCACUAGUGGCCGCUACAUUCAACACAAUGUUUUAACGAAUUGACUGCAAUCGAAUCACACAAUCCUGAAUGAUGACAAUUCAUCAAAUCGCCGGGAAGAGGGAUCGUCACACCCCAGAUGGAAAGUCACGCGCAACUGUUUAGAUUUGAAGUCUCUGAACAUUUCAUCGCCAGUACAUGUAACAGCUAUAACCCACUGUGCCAUAGAUACAUUUUACAUUAUAUAUAUGCAUACAUAUAUCAAGUUUUGUGUUUGAAUGUCACAAUAAAUACCAUGAACCAU